AUGUCAACCAGCGCAUCUACCAGAGCGGGUACAACCCUCGACGUCCUCGUGAACAUCAUCGCCGUCGGAAACCUAUCCUCUCCCGACCUGUUCCACUACCUCCUCACCUCCUCGACCUUCUUCCACGCUGCCGCCCCCGCCCUAUACCACACCCUCCCCAUUUCCCACGCUUGCUUCCCCCUGAUGAAGGGCGCUACAAAGUUUACCAAAACCUCCCGCGCAAGACCCCCCAGCACCGUCACCUCGCCUCACUCGCCUUACUGUAAAGACAAACUCCUCCAACCGGUGUGCAAAGUCUUGCUCGAAUACACCUGCUUCUCCCCGGGGCAUACCGAGCAGGACGAGGGGCUUGUGUCGAGCCAGGUGGACGGCGAGACAAUGGAAGAACAUUCCCCGGUCCUCUUCGAGCCAGAUUCGAAGGUGUCAGCCCGCUUUGCCCAUCAUUUCGACAUCAUAUCCUACUUUGUCGCCACUCCCUUCUUGUCCAAAGCCGACCUCUUCCAUCUCUUGCUCUCAUCACCGAUAUUCUUCCCCACCGCCGGUCAAGCACUGUACCAUCGUCUACCAAUAUCGGCCACGUGCAAUCCCCUGAUCGGAGCCACCGCUAUCGCUUCUCCAAGGGCUCCAUCAGCACAAUCACCAUACGGCAAAGACGUUUUACUGCGCUACGUCAAAGAAGUCCACUUUGAACGAUCUCUCCCGUCUCCAGGCAAAGAAUGCUGGAGUCACACCUGGCCCUGCUCCCCCCUCCCCUACCUCCAACACAUCAUCAUCUCCCUCCCCCCCGCCGUCACAUUCAAAUCCACCUCCGCACGUCUUUCGGGCGGGCUCGUCCCCGACGACAGAUUCCUCCGUUCCCUCUGCUCUCGCGCCACUUCCUUGCAUAUCCAUUCUCGCGCUUGGGACUUUGCGUGGACGCUCUAUGAUGUGAUUAGUGUGUUACCGCACUUGAGGAGGUUGUGUAUCAAGUUGAGGUUGUGGGAUGUGAGGGGUCUUUGGAAGGCGUUUCAGCGGUUGGCAAAGCUUGUGCCGGGGACAAAGUUGGAGAAAGUGUGUAUCUACUUGUGGGACGAACCCGGCAUGCUUGAGCUCUUCUCUCAAUCUCCAAACUCUUCGCCUACGGCUGUACCGACUACCUCGCACCUUCGGACAUCGAUGAUCUGGGCAGGAGGCGGUAUGCGGACGUUGCUGGAAAAGCUGGCAGAGCUAGAGUCGGUGAAGUGGGUGGAGGUGUUCAAUUAUGAUGAGGUGAGGGGUGUUUAUGAGAGGGAGGAGCUGGUGGAGAGUGGGUUUUGGGAGGAUAGGCAAAUGAUCUGGGGUCUUGGGUUUUCGCAGGAUACAGGUUGGUUCCUAUUCCUUGUCGACAUGCUGGAAAUUCAUUGUUUACCAACAGGCGGUAAAGCGAUAUCAUUCCUGCCCGGUAUCGACUAUUAUAACACUCUUUGGGAUGGGAACUGGAUAUUGGAUGAGGAGCGGUAUUUUGAAGAGGCGGUUCGUGCCCAACGCGGUACUGUAAACAUAUUAGGGAAUGGGGAAGAUGGAGAGUUGGCGAAGCGGUUGAAUCAGACCCGGCUUUAA